UGACUGAGGCUCUUAAUUACCUUUAGCAGCACAGGCAAAAUCCCUUGCAGUGUCCGUUCUGCCCCUGCAAUCAAUGAUCUCUGGAAAAUCGUGACCCCCAUCUCUAGAUAUUGGAUCUUCUAAUGUCCCUGGUGGAUUAUUUUCAGCUAUGAUGAUUAUGCUACAAAGCCACAAGGUGCUGUACCAAGGUAAAGGGUUGAACUUCCCGGAGAAUGACAGAAGCAUCAGUUUUAAGUGGUCUGCUGGGAGAUGGUAACCCUGGCUCGGGCCGUCAGCCCCUGAGGAAGCCUGCCAUCGCCCUGCUGCCUGGAAGAGGCAUGACUGAAACCGCCAUCUGUUCGGGGGCUGUCAAUGCCGUUAAGGAAGUUUGGGAAGUAAGAAUACAGAAACAAGCGGAAGACUUGAAGCGAGAAAAAGAAUUUCGACAAAAGCUAGUGCGGAUAUGGGAAGGAAGGGUAAGCUUAACCAAGCUAAAAGAAAAAGUCACCAGAGAAGGUGGAAGGGUAAUUUUAAAGAUCGAGAAAGAAGAAUGGAAGACCCUCCCUUCAUCUCUAUUGAGUCUGAGCAAUCUACAGGAAUGGCAGCUUCACAGGACUGGUUUGCUGAAAAUUCCUGAAUUCGUUGGAAGAUUCCAGAGCCUCAUGGUAUUGGAUUUAUCCCGGAAUGCAAUUUCAGAGAUACCGCGAGGAAUUGGACUGUUGACCAAACUCCAAGAGCUGAUCCUUAGCUACAACAAAAUCAAGACCGUCCCCAAAGAGUUGAGCAACUGUGUCAGCUUGGAGAAACUGGAGCUGGCUGUGAACCGAGAUAUCUGCGAACUUCCCCAGGAGCUCAGCAACCUGAAGAAGCUGAUUCACCUAGAUUUAAGUAUGAACCAGUUCACGACCAUCUCUCCCGCAGUGCUGAAUUUGCCCGCCCUGGAGUGGUUGGACUUGGGGAGCAACAGGAUUGAACAGCUGCCUGCCACCAUUGACAGAAUGGAGCGCUUACAUACAUUAUGGCUGCAGCGGAACGAAAUAACUUGCUUACCUGAGACCAUCAGCAAUAUGAAGAGCCUGACUACUCUUGUCCUCAGCAGCAACCAACUCAAGGAUAUUCCGCUGUGCAUGGAACAGAUGACAAACCUAAGGUUUGUUAACUUCAGAGACAACCCUCUGCAGCUGCAAGUGACGCUUCCUUCUUGUCAGAACAUGGAUGAGGCGGAGGAGGAAGAACGGGAACUGUUCGGUGUUCAGUUUAUGCUGGCGUAUAUCCAGGAGUCCCGAAGCAAGGCAGAAAAUCCAGUUACUACUUCUGCUGUUCCAUCACUCUCCGUAAAUACUGAUGGAUAAAAAUAUAUCCAGCUGCCUGUUGAAGAGG